UUGACGGAUCUACGUAUAGUGCUCGUAGGAGGCUUAGGAGCAGGAAAAUCAACUCUGUUAAGUUAUAUUACACACGGCACGAAAGACAAUGGACGGGGCAGUGCUCGUCUCAACCUGCUGCGGCAUCGACAUGAGUUAGAAUCCGGCAGAAGUUCCUCUAUCUCUCAUGAAAUUAUUGGUUAUGACGCUGAAGGGCACUUGAUCAACUACGCCACCACUCAUAUUAAUACAUGGGAGCAAAUUUGUGAAGCCAGUCAUAAAGUCAUCACUCUGCUGGACACAUGUGGUUAUCCGAAAUAUUUACGAACAACCAUUUCGGGUUUAAUGGGCUAUGCUCCUGAUUAUGCAUGUUUAGUCAUAGCUGCUAAUUCUGCAGCCAAUAAAUCAACACCCACCAUAGACGAUAUGACACGAGAACAUUUAUCUAUUGCCGUCAUGUUGGACGUACCUGUCUUUGUCGUCAUGACAAAAAGUGACGUGGCAACACAUGAUCAACUCAAAUCGACUUUACAUCUUCUACUCAAUUUGCUAAAGUCGUCAUUGUGGCUGAAGAAGAAGGUGCCCGUUGUCGUACAGAACGAAAACGACGUGGUCACGUAUGCCUCAUGCCUUGGACGACAAGGAGGAGGAUCUGAAUUGCCUAUAUUUCUGGUGUCUAAUGUAACCGGCUCCAAUAUGAACUUAUUACAGAUGUUCUUUAAUUAUUUGCCGAAACCAAAACGUAUGAAUUACGACGAACAGUUGGAAGAACCGGCGGAAUUUCAGAUUGAAGAAGUUUAUAGAAUACCAGACGUCGGUGUAGUCGUUGGCGGGGUAUUGGGCCAAGGAAGAAUCAACGUGAAAGAGAAGGACAAAAAAUAUUAUCUAGGACCCAAUACUAAAGGCGAAUUUACGUUAGUGAAUAUUAUAUCCGUCCACCGACACAGAGUUCCUUCUCAUUACGUACAUUGCGGGCAAACAGCUACUCUGGCCUUACAAAACCGUUCCGAGAGCGAAGCACUUUCUUCUUGGAAGAUCAGUAGAGGUAUGGUCCUUUUAGCCGCAGAAGAUGACAAAAAGCCAGAUUGCUAUCGCAUGUUUGAAGCAGAACUGACCGUUGUGUACCAUGCGACAGGAGUAUCUGCAGGUACAUGCGGUAUGAUUCAUUCGGGGUCUAUUCGACAGCGCGCAAAAGUAAUGUCAGAAACGAACGCAGCUAUAUUACGUACAGGGAAGAAAGGGACAUGCUGUUUUAGCUCCAUGUAUGAGCCUUGCUACCUAAAGCUUGGAUCACAAAUUUUGUUUUUGGAAGGCAGAUCAAAAUGCAUAGGCCGAGUUACGAAACUG